AUGAGCGCUCCUCUGAGCAAGGAGCUGCGUGAGAAGUACAAUGUCCGCUCGAUCCCCAUCCGCAAGGACGACGAGGUCACCAUCGUUCGGGGCUCCAACAAGGGCCGUGAGGGCAAGGUCACCAGCGUGUACCGUCUCAAAUACGUGAUCCACGUCGAGCGCGUCAACCGCGAGAAGUCGAACGGCCAGACCGUGCCGAUUGGCAUCCACCCGUCCAAGGUCGUCAUUACCAAGCUGAAGCUGGACAAGGACCGUGAGAACAUCCUGGAGCGGAUUGGCAAGGGUCGUGAGGCGAGGGCGAAGGCCAAGUCUGCAGCGUACCCGACCCGUCAGACUCAGAGCUACAGCUGA